CCGCCGCUCCCGGCCCCGCUCCCGGCCCGUCCCGUCCCGGCCCCGCGCACAAGUUCGGCCGCAGGAGCAGCGCCAGCGGCGGCCGCGGCCCAGCCCCUCACCGACACCGCGCCCGGGGAGGCCGCUGCUCCGCGCCCGAACUAAAUUAGGGGAAUCAGCCACCAUUUUUGAUGUGAAGACUUCAUCUCUGACAUCUCUAUGGUCAUUUGGCAGCCUCCAAGAAAUAACACAGCUCAGCAGUGGCAGUAACUGCCUUCGGUAUACACUGACAAUUAUUUGGGAAAAACAAAGAAAACCCCAACAGCCCAAACUCACCAAACCUUCUGAAGACUUUGUGUCCAAUGACGUCAAUGGCCAGUUUGUUCUCCUUUACUAGCCCAGCUGUAAAGCGUCUGUUGGGCUGGAAACAAGGAGACGAAGAGGAAAAAUGGGCAGAAAAAGCUGUUGACGCUUUGGUAAAAAAGCUGAAAAAGAAAAAGGGUGCUAUGGAAGAGCUGGAGAAAGCCCUGAGCAGCCCAGGCCAGCCCAGCAAGUGUGUCACCAUCCCCCGCUCCUUGGAUGGGCGGCUCCAGGUGUCCCACAGGAAGGGCCUUCCCCACGUCAUUUACUGCCGCGUCUGGCGCUGGCCUGAUCUCCAGAGCCAUCACGAGCUGAAGCCCUUGGAUAUUUGUGAAUUUCCUUUUGGAUCGAAACAGAAGGAAGUCUGCAUCAAUCCAUACCACUACAAGAGGGUGGAGAGCCCAGUUCUACCUCCAGUGUUAGUGCCUCGACAUAGUGAAUUCAACCCCCAGCACAGCCUCCUGGUUCAGUUCAGGAACCUCAGCCACAACGAGCCCCACAUGCCACACAACGCCACGUUCCCUGACUCCUUCCAGCAGCCCAACAACACUCCAUUCUCCAUCUCCCCAAACAGCCCCUACCCCCCUUCUCCAGCCAGCAGCACUUACCCCAGCUCCCCAGCCAGCUCGGGGCCAGCCAGUCCCUUCCAGCUCCCAGCUGAUACUCCACCUCCUGCCUAUAUGCCCCCUGAUGAUCAAAUGGGGCAGGAUAAUUCCCAGUCUAUGGACACAAGCAAUACAAUGAUCCCUCAAAUCAUGCCAAAUAUAUCCACCAGAGAUGUCCAACCCGUUGCCUAUGAAGAACCCAAACACUGGUGUUCCAUCGUGUAUUAUGAGUUAAAUAAUCGUGUUGGGGAGGCCUUUCAUGCAUCUUCCACAAGUGUCUUGGUAGAUGGGUUUACAGAUCCCUCCAACAACAAGAACAGGUUCUGCUUAGGGCUGCUCUCGAAUGUAAAUCGCAACUCGACCAUCGAGAACACUCGGCGGCACAUUGGCAAAGGAGUUCAUCUCUACUAUGUUGGUGGAGAAGUCUAUGCUGAGUGUUUGAGUGAUAGCAGCAUAUUUGUACAGAGCAGGAACUGCAACUACCACCAUGGCUUUCAUCCAACAACUGUGUGCAAGAUUCCCAGUGGAUGCAGUCUGAAAAUAUUUAACAAUCAGGAGUUUGCUCAGCUUUUAGCUCAGUCUGUCAACCAUGGAUUUGAAGCAGUAUAUGAGCUCACCAAAAUGUGCACCAUUCGAAUGAGUUUUGUAAAGGGCUGGGGAGCCGAGUACCAUCGACAGGACGUCACGAGCACCCCGUGCUGGAUAGAGAUCCACCUCCACGGGCCCCUCCAGUGGCUGGAUAAAGUACUUACCCAAAUGGGUUCUCCUCUGAAUCCCAUCUCAUCUGUCUCAUAGUGCUGACAUUCUAUCUCCAGCCUUAUUUUUAGCGAACUUAUUCUAAUUCUAGAGCAACUUCCAGUGGAUACUGUGAGCUAUAUGGAGAAUGGAUCUUAUGGUUUAAUUGUGUUGGUUUUUUUUUUUAAAUCCCUCUGUGACCAAUUCCAUUGUGUAUAGCUAAUCAGUUUUACAUUUCAAAUUGUUCUUGUGAUGCUUAAGUGACAGUUGAGCCCUAAGGGAAAAAAUAGUCUAUUGAGAAAUUCAGAACACUUUUUCCCCUCCUUCCCCUAGAACUUAAACAGACAUAUGUCUUAACUGGAAAAUCUUUUUGUCCUGUAGGGACAAGAAUCAUGGAGACUGACUUCAGAAAAUAAAUACAUAUCAUAGUUUGGGAUUUUUUUUUAAUGUUUAUGAAACUGUUUGAACAUGUGCAGCUCCAGCUUGCAAGCUGUAUUUUUAGCAUAGUGGUUUAAACAUCUUAAGGUUGACAUCUGUCAUAAGCAAAAUUAGACUUUAUUAUGGCUAAUUUGCCUCAGAUUGAACAAUGUGAUUUUUUUUUUUAAGUGUACACAUGAAUAUACUUUUUACAAAUAUUGGAGUGGUGUAAAAACACUUGUAUUUUCUAUUGGAAAAUGCUGUCAUAAACACACUGUAUAUUAAUGCAGAAUAGCAGUUCUUAGCCUUUUCCCACUUUGGUUUUGUAACAUCUCUUUUAACCACCAUUUAAAAUAGUAAUUGAUACAAGGUAAACAUCUUGCACGUUUCUGGAGUAGUAAUUCUUGGUUUGCUUUGAUUUACACUCAUGCAGUUUGGAUUUGGUUGCCAAGGCUGUCUCUUUUUAGGUACCCUUCUCUUUUUUAACAUAAACACUACUAUUUGUAAAUGGCAGUGCUUACUACUUUUUGGAAGGAAUAAGUUUUUUGUUUUCUUUUUGGUGUUCUAGCUGUUUAUUUUACCUGUCUGGAAUUGAUCUGUGUAGGCCUUUUUAAUCUCUCAGUAGACAUUACACAGUAUUAGUGAUUACACUGUAUUUAAUUCACUUUCAGUAUGAGUUUGAGUCUCUUUGAAGACUGUGAGUGGCUUAGCAAAUGAGUUACUGAAUGCAGAAGCUUUUACUUCCAGAUAAUUUAAUGCAGACCUGUUGGUAAUGACCAAAAGUAAUCCCUUCUUUGUAGCCUGCAUGAAAGGAUGGUCUCACUCCUGGCCCUCAUGGCAGGGGUUCAAUCAGAAGACUUGUAACUGUAGUUGGCAGCUUUGUGGGACUGAAGCACUGCAUUAAUAUGAUGAUGAAAUUCCUCCCAUGUAAGGAAUCACAGAAUCAUGGAAUGCUCAGGGGUUGGAAUGGCCCUCAAAGAUCAUCUAGUGCCAAGCCCAGGGACAUCUCCCUCUAGAACAGGUCACUCAAGGCCUUACCCAGCCUACCUUGAACACAACUGGGGUUGGAGCAGCCACAGCCUCCCUGGGCAACCUGUGCCAGUGCCUUGCCACCCUCACAGGAAAAAAUUUCUUCCUGAUAUCUGAGCUAAAUUUUCCCUCUUCCAGUUUGUACCCAUUACUGCCUGUCCUGUCACUGCAGUUCCUGACAACGAGUCCCUCUCUGGUUCCCUGGAGGCCCCUUCAGACACUGGGAGGUGCUGUGAGGUCCCCACACAACCUUCUCCUCUGCAGGCUGAACAGCCCCAGCUUUCUCAGCUGUCUUCACAGGGGAGGUGCUCCAGUCCUCAAGUCCUUCUCCCAGGGCUACUCCAAAUCCCUUCUGCACUCGAGCUGUAGGUGUGUCUGGGAUUGCCCUGACCUGGGUGUAAGAUCUCGGUGAACUUCAGGAAGUUUGCAUCAGUGAGCUUUGGUGGAGAAUUCAAACACUGUACUAAACACUAAAAGAAAUCAGCUAAAUAACUUAUGCCUGUUUUCCCCCUUUUUAUGAUAAAAAAGGAGGCUGAAAUACUCUAAGAGAAUUAGAAGUGAAUUAUAUACAAAAUAUCUUUGCAUGCAGAAAAAACCUCUUGUAUUUUUUAACUUCUCACCUUCCUUUUUCUCUUUCCUGAAUAUCUCUUCAGCAAAGGGUUCAGUGUUUGGAGGAGAGGCUGAAAACUCUAAUAUGCAAAUAAUUAUGGAAAGAUGUGUUGCAGUUAAUUACUGCAAUCCUGAGACAUUGAUUGCUUACACAAGUUCUUGUGUCUUCUAUUGAAUGACAUUUUCUGCUCAGAUGUGGAAAUCAUGCAUCGUAUGGUACCUGCGUAACAAAAUGAUCUUAAAGGAUUCAAAUUGUUUACGUGUCCUUAAAAUGUUUCUUCUGAAAUGCCUUAAAGGAAUAAACUGUAACACUUCUGCAGAACCCUAAUGUUCUCCUGUACAGGAAUUUCUGUAUUACUUGGUGUUUUGGGGGGGGUUUUUUGUGUUUUGGGUUUUUUUUAAACAGUUUCUCAAGUGUGUUUGAAAACCAACAAGUGCAUCUUCAGGAAAAGGGGAGGAACAUUAUUUGCUGUUUACCUUUGGGGUCUUCUCUUUCAUUCUUUGGAGCUGCAACCCACAGACAGUUCUUUUGAUUGAAUAAGAUGCCAAGUCAGUUGGCCACAGAAUCCAGCUUGUUUUCUUCUCCUCGGGGCCUGACUUUUGUCAAGUAGCUGAAUAUGUAUAUUUGACACUACAGAGUAUUAUUUUUCUUGACUAGCUUUUGUAAUAAAUGCCAUGGCACGUUGAAUUAAGGAAAGAUUGCAAUUGUAGGUACAAGAUUUUACUUUAUCCAAGAUGUUUUUCACCUGGCUUCAUCUCUGUUCACAUGUGUGCUUUUAUGUGGCCAACUGAGUGACUCAAGAAUGGGUGCUGAGGUGGGUGUUUGUGAGCCAGAGCUGGUGCUUAGUGCUGGUGUUGUGGUUUGAUUGGCUGCCCGUGCACUGAACCAUAAUUUCUGCAAUAAUAUCCAGUUAACCCACUUCUGAUGCUGUCAUUAAGUGCUAAAGUGCUCUGGCAUUUUUUCUGCUUGUGUCCAUGUUCUGGAACUGCAAUAUCUGCAAUGCUGGGAUAGCCUCGUGGCUGCUGGUUUGGCAGGGCAGGAGCAGGGGCAAACCCAGGAAGAUUUGUCUGCCUUCUGCUUCUCUGUUCCUUUUAAGCAGAGCUUUUUGGGUGCUUUCUAGUGAGCAAAUUUUGUGUGCAGCUGGUUCAUGGUGUUCCUAAUCCUGUUUAGUUCAUCUGUGCUGCUGAUACAAAAUGAGAUAUCGGUGCACAGAUGGAUUGGAUGGAGAGUUUUUUGACCCCAACGAUAUGUCAAGUCCAGGGAGAGCAGGGAGUGCUGCUGCUGGGGCAGCAUCCUGUCUAUAAAUCACUUCUGUACCCAGAUGGAGGGAUGGAGAAAUUAAAUCAACCAGUAGUGUGGUAGUGGAAGAAGGAGCCUUUCCAGUGUAGCCCAGCUUGGAUUGGGUGUUACCCUUCAGUGAAAACUGAUUUGGCUUUUUUAGUGUAUUUUCUUCUUUUUGGGCAUCUCCUUUGCACCAACCACAGCAUUGACUGGCAGCUUUGGCAACACCAGCAGAGCCUGGAGCAGGCUGACACCCAUCCUUGCUGGGAUUGCUCUUGCAGUCCCUGGGAUAAGAGCUUGGAUCUUGCUCCUUGGGCACCUCAGUGCUGGCAGUCAAUCAGUGCCUUGUGUUUUACACCCAUUUAACUGCAUCAGGCUGGAAGGGCUGACAGUGGCUUAGAGUAUCUGUAGGACCAAACCACAAUUUUCUAGUGUGCCUGAUGAGAGACAAAUUAACAGCCCAGUAGGCAAAACAAUGAUUCAACUUGUGUUACAAUUUGGGGUAGAAUUGUUUAAAUUAUUGGAAUUCUUCUAGUUUUUGCUUGAAGCAAAAUGAUGAUUUUUUUUUUCCCCCCACAGUAUUAAAAUGUGAAAGUUGUCAGUUCUUGGGUGUGAGAUUAACUUGGAUCCUUGCACUAUAACUCUAGAGGACAUUCAAAUGUGUCAGGCUUCCUCCCUAGUCUGAAAUAAUAAUUUUUUCAGGAUAUUGUUUUACUUGCUCAAAUUGCUAAUGAUGGUUUCUAGAAAAACAAACAAACAAAAACCCCAAAACCAAAACGUUUUCUAAAUGUUUUGCUUCAAACAGCAGAGGUGACUAACUUUUUUUUCUGUAGUUGUGAAGUUUCUGCUUAGGAAGGUUUCCCCAUUCUGAAUUCAAAUCAAUAGACCAAACCAUCAGAUUUACAACAAUAUGUUGCUUUUUUGUGCUGCUCCAUAAACCUGCUUCUGUGUUCGUUGCAAGCAUAACCUUUAUGCUUUUGUUUACAUUGUAGGAAACACAGUUCUAGCAAUGAGGUUUGUUGUUUUGUUGUUGUUUUUUUUUUCAUUUAACUCUAAACAUCUUUUUAUUUUGUUAAUUUUAAAAUGAUUAGGUUUUGCUAUGUUAUGUUUUUAAAGAUAUUUUUUGCAUACUGCUGCUCAUAUUUCAAUAAACGAAACAGAAAACCCACA